AUGAUGUUUUCUAUGCCCAUACAUAGCAAUGUGACUUAUGUAUUAACUUUACAGCCUCUACCGGUCUGCUUAGAAGCAGACUUGUGCAAUCACACAUGGAUUCCAGAAUGUGCCCAAGAAUGGGAUUAUGAUUACAGAAUGUUUAUUGAUGAGUGCGAUGUACUGGAAUACAACUGCGAUUAUAAUAGGAACUGUUUUGGACCAGCAACUUGUCCACCUAUACCAACGUGUCCAGCGUGUCCAACGUGUAAGCAAUGUAGAAUGAGAAGGAUGUUCGACCCAGUUGCUACAGUACCAGUGAAUCAAAGGCGUAUAAAACUUAAACAUGACCAUGGGGGCCACGAGGGGCAUCACCAUUUCGUAGAACACAUACAUUUGAUUAUAGAGACAGCGACCAUGGCUACUGCAUUUAAAACCAAGAAAUAUACUAUUAUGAAGAAUGGUAAAAAGUACAAUAAAGUGGUUAAGUAUGUAGUGCUUAAAGUGCCCAAGAAAACUGAAGGGAAAGGGUACGCCAUUGAAAAACAAGAUUCUGAUUUUUUGGAGAAAUAA